AUUCACAGAAAUGAACAGGCUUCGGAUUGCGGUCAAUAUUGUUCCAAAACUUCGCGGUCUGUUAGGCCUGAAUAAUCACAUCAAGCCAUUAAAUGUUCGGACAAUGAGUGAGAAAGCCAGUGGUGAUAUUGAUUCGAAACAGGACGAGCAGACGUUAGCAGAAAUGCCUUACAUUGUGGGUCAUGAUAAACUGCAAAAAGUUUUCUACAUUCGGACUGUGGCUAGUAAAGGGGAAGUUUCCAAACAAAUCGGCACCCUACGCUACCGACCCCUGCGUGACGGCAUCUACGACCUUUACAGCACGGUCGUCGACGACACCUACCAAGGACAGGGCAUCGCUAAACAUUUAGCGACGGCGGCCAUGGACUUUGUCACCAGCAAGGAGGGUAACCGGAUGAAGCUGACGUGCUCCUAUUUAGAGCGAUACCUCAAGUUGAACCCGAUACCACGAUAUUAUAUGGCAGUAGUACCAUAACAAUAGAUACAACCGAUGAAUCACGUCAUGCGUCCCAGCUGGUCGGACGAACGCAAGGACUUCUGAUAAUGUGAACUGCAAAUCUUAGGGAAUAUAAAUCUGUGAUAUUUUUGCCAAUAUUAGUGACAUUUUAAUGCAGCACAAUGUGUAAAUGCCCACCAACAUUUCAAGGACCCCCUCUCUAUAAAGGACACUACUUUUGGCCCAAAAUUGGUUGUUUAUUUCGAUAUGACCUCAAGUCAGGACACCUCUCUAUUAAGGACAGCAAUUGUCAGCCCUGAGGUUGUCCUAAAUAGAGAGCAAAACAAGAGAGGUGGUUGCCCCCCCGUGACCAAAAGCGGGCUCUGCUGUACAGGCCUGUGAGCUUCUAGAGAGCUUCAUGUACUUGUUGUGUUAUGCCACACUUGAGUAUUCACGCAUUUAAUUAUUAGAUGUACAAAUUACAAUAAAGAUUUCA